AUGUCUCCUUCCAACACUAUGACGAGCUUUGGAGGGUCGAGCGGCAGUGGUGGCGGAGGAGGAGGAGGAGGAGGAGGAGGUGGUGGUGGUGGUGGUGGAACGUCGAACUCUUCUUCUUUGCUCUUUUUCGUUGCCCUCGGCUUUGGCGUUGUUUUCACCAACCUUUGGAUCAUUGUCGGUGUCAAGUACUGCUUCAGGUACAGUGCACGAAAUCGCCAGCUGCGUGCUGAGGAUGGCGAGCCCAUUAACAUGGAGAAUGUUCCUCAUCCUCGUCGGCGCCGGCGGGAAAAGAAGUUAAUGCCAAUCGACGAGGUCAACGAAAAGUUCCCCAUGCAGAAGUACAAAACCUGGGUUGCCAGUCGCGCACGCCAGGGUUUGUCCACCAACGGUGGCGUAUCAGCUCCUUCAAGUCGGCCUGGAAGUGUACGAGAUGCGGAUGGUGUCGCGGCUGAGUUGCCAUCUAAGGAGCGUAUGUCGACUGACGACCGUCCGACGACGAGUGCGACAUCAACAGCAAUUAGGGCCGGAGCCGAGACUGCGAACAUGCGUGAAACGCCCGACACACCUACCUCACCCAAACCUGAAUCGAAGGCUGAGGCCGGGGAUGUAGAGCAACCGGAAGUCAGGAGUCCGCAGCUCGCACCGAAAGAGAGCACCUCAAGUUCUGUGGCUGCCGCUGCUUCUCGGGUCUCUGUAGACGCCGUUAAUGAGCCCCAGGGCACGCCGACGCAGAAUGCUACUCAGGCCUCUCAAGACGAAGAGGACGAAGAGGACCACAUUCAUGCUGCCCUUCCUCCCGAGUGCGUCGGCACCUCCGGUGAUACUUGUGCUAUCUGCAUCGAUACCUUGGAGGAUGACGACGAUGUUCGCGGUCUAACAUGUGGCCAUGCUUUCCAUGCUGCUUGCAUUGAUCCGUGGUUGACAACCAGACGAGCGUGCUGUCCCCUAUGCAAAGCCGACUAUUAUACACCAAAGCCUCGUCCACCGGCAGCGGAUGGUACUGAUGGUGCGAUUCCUAUUAUCACUGUUACAUUGCAGCCCGAGCUGCACAACAGUCGUAGACACGAACCUUCUAGACCAGAGCGUUCCUACCUGCGAUUUGCGCCAUUUGCCCCGUCAACAAGAGCCAGCCGACGAGACUCUAGAGAACAACAGUCACAGGGCAGUGAUCGAUGGCGAGAUCAUAUUGAUGUCUCUCUUCUCUUCGGUCGGUCAAGGAGAAGCCAUAGCAACCAGAACAACAACAGAAGUAGGCAAUCUGGACAGUCCUCUUCUGGAGCUGCUGAACUCCGUCAAGGAGAACUUCAGCAAAGGGCAGGUGGUAUCUUUGCUGGUCUCCGAGCCACGCUUGGCGGACUUACGGGAGGUCGGGCUCAGAGCCAUGGUCCCCAAUCCGCCCCUACUGCCUCAGGCACGAACCCCACGACACCUACUCCUUCACAGUUGGAGGCUGGCCUUGGGUCGGCUCAUCAUUGA